AUAAACGCAUCCCACCACUGGAAAAUGGCUUGCCUUUCGCCGCUUGGGCUUUGCGGUACCAGAUCUUGCUACGGAUGCUCGACUUCACCACCAGAGACACUUGACCAUCCACGAUUACGACCGCGACCACAAGACGCUCUUGCUCAGUUGGUGUACCUUGUGGGUUCCAGCAUCAAACCCCAAUAUUCACUCACCGAUAUGAUGUGACCUUUUCUCUUUCCUUAUAUCUCGAAUCCCCUUUCCGUACGACCUGAGCCGACCGAGGCUCUGCGACGCUGAAAUAUUCGAGAAACGAUAAAAAGCUGAAGGAGAUCAGCAGAGACCAGCGGAAGACAGAAUAUUGCGACAACCAACCCGGAAAUUGCGACGAUGGAGGGAGCGUUCAACCACCUGGGGAACCACCUCUUAAGUGACUCGGCAGCAGCGAUCAAGGCCGGCGCCGACGAUUUUACCGGCAUCGAACCCGACGAUAGUUUCCUCUACGGCAAGUUCGGCGGUCGUGGUGGCCGCCGCCGUGCCGAUGACGAUGACAACCAAACGGAGCUCUAUGACGAUGAAGACAACGAUAGCUUGACGAGUAUGCCCGUUGGGGCCCUGAAGGAUUUGAGCCUCGGAAGACCCCAGGAGGAAGAUAGGGAGCUCCCUCCCCACGCUUGCGCGUACUGUGGGAUUCAUUCCCCGAGUUCCGUCGUCAAGUGCCUUGGCUGCAACAAAUGGUUUUGCAGUGCCCGCGGCAAUGCGACUUCUUCCCACAUUGUCAACCACUUGGUGAGAGCUCGACACAAAGAGGUUCAACUUCACCCCGAAUCCACCCUAGGUGAUACCGUGCUGGAGUGCUACAACUGCGGAACUAAGAACGUUUUUCUUCUCGGCUUCAUCCCUGCCAAGUCGGAUACCGUCGUUGUGCUCCUGUGUCGUCAGCCAUGUGCCGCGAACACUUCCUCCAAGGAUAUGAGCUGGGACACAUCUCGAUGGCAACCCCUGAUUGAGGAGCGAGCUUUUCUGACCUGGCUCGUUGCCACACCGUCCGAUGCUGAGCAGCUUCGCGCUCGGCACCUGACACCGCCCAUGAUCGCGAAGUUGGAGGAGAUGUGGAAGGAGAACGCGACUGCGACUGUUGCGGACCUCGAAAAGGCUGCUAGCAUCGAUGACGACCCACACCCCGUCUUGCUCAAGUACGACGACCCCUAUCACUACCAGAACAUCUUUGGCCCUCUGGUCAAGAUGGAGUCCGACUACGACAAGAAGCUCAAGGAAGCGCAGUCCGAGGACGGUCUCACCGUUCGCUGGGAUUACGGACUCAACAACAAGCACCUGGUCAGCUUCGAACUGCACAAGAUAGAGUCUGGUGACGUCAAACUGGCUGUUGGCGAUGAGAUGCGGCUCCGCUACAAGGGCGAGCUCCGUCCGGCCUGGGAGGGAGUCGGCUAUGUCAUCAAGAUCCCCAACAACCAGUCUGACGAAGUCACUCUCGAGCUGCGUAAGGCCGGCAACGAGAAGCAAGUCCCCACUGAGUGUACCCACAACUUCUCGGCAGACUACGUGUGGAAGGCGACGUCGUAUGACCGCAUGCAGUAUGCGAUGAAGACCUUCGCCGUGGACGACAUGAGUGUCUCGGGAUACAUCUUCCACAAGCUGCUGGGUCAUGAUGUCGCGGUUGCGCCGAUGAAGACGACCAUGCCUAAGAAGUUCAGCGUUCCCGGCCUCCCCGACCUCAACACCAGCCAGAUCGCCGCCAUCAAGGCCGUACUGUCGACCCCGCUCAGCUUAAUCCAGGGCCCUCCGGGUACCGGCAAGACUGUGACUUCGGCAACCAUCAUUUACCACCUGUGCAAGAUGAACAAUGGACAAGUCCUUGUUUGUGCCCCGUCCAAUGUCGCCGUCGACCAGCUCUGCGAGCGCAUUCACCGCACUGGUCUCAAAGUCGUUCGUCUUACAGCCAAAUCCCGCGAGGAUGUCGAGUCGUCCGUAAGCUUCCUCGCGCUCCAUGAGCAGGUCCGUAUGAACGACAGCAACGGAGAGCUAGUCAAGCUUGCACAGCUCAAGAGUGAGCUUGGCGAGCUGUCCAGCCAGGACGAGAAGAAGUUCAAGCAGCUCACCAAGGCGGCCGAGAGAGACAUCCUUCACAACGCCGACGUUGUCUGCUGCACUUGUGUUGGCGCUGGUGAUCCUCGCCUGUCCAAGAUGAAGUUCCGCAACGUCCUCAUCGAUGAGUCGACCCAGUCCGCCGAGCCCGAGUGCAUGAUUCCUCUUGUCCUUGGGUGUAAGCAGGUUGUCCUUGUGGGCGAUCACAAGCAACUGGGCCCUGUCAUCAUGAACAAGAAGGCCGCGAAGGCAGGUCUCAACCAGUCUCUUUUCGAGCGUCUCGUCAACCUGCGAUUGGUGCCUAUUCGCCUGAACAUACAGUACCGCAUGCACCCAUGUCUAUCGGAGUUCCCUUCCAACAUGUUCUACGACGGGUCUCUCCAGAACGGUGUCACGGUCAAGGAUCGCGUCCGCCGCGAUGUGGACUUCCCUUGGCCCGUCGUUGACAUGCCGAUGAUGUUCUGGUCCAACUUGGGCAAUGAGGAAAUCUCGGCUUCCGGAACGUCGUACCUGAACCGCACCGAGGCGUCCAACGUGGAGAAGGUUGUCACUCGCUUCUUCAAGGCGGGAGUCAAGCCUCUGGACAUCGGCGUCAUCACUCCAUAUGAGGGACAGCGAAGCUACAUUGUGAGCACCAUGCAGAACACGGGCACAUUCAAGAAGGAGAGCUACAAGGAGGUCGAGGUUGCCUCUGUCGACGCCUUCCAGGGUCGUGAGAAGGACUUUAUCGUUCUGUCUUGCGUCCGUUCCAAUGACAACCAAGGCAUCGGUUUCCUUUCGGACCCGCGCCGUCUCAACGUCGCCCUGACUCGUGCUAAGUACGGCCUUGUCAUCAUCGGUAACCCCAAGGUCCUUUCCAAGCAUGAGCUGUGGCACCACCUGCUUGUCCAUUUCAAGGACCGCAAGUGCUUGGUCGAGGGACCUUUGACCAACCUGCAGACUUCGCUGUUGCAGUUUGGAAAGCCGAGAACCGCUUACCGCCAAAAGAUGAGCCAGCCCCCUCAGUUCAACGCAGGCGGCCCCCCCAACGGCGGCAACCGCUUCAACGGCGCUGGCUCGACGCGCGACUUUGAUUCGGGCUCGUUGAUGUCGUACAUCCCUGACGACGUUUCGUCCAUCCACAGCUCCCUGGGUGGCGCCGGCCUGAACACCACUUACCCUCCUAUCUUUUCGAGCUUCACGCCCGACCAGUGGCCGGGUCUGCCGGGUGUUCCUGGUACGGGACGGUCCGGCAACAAGAGAGGGGGCCGUGGCACUGAGAGCAUUGCGGGCGAGAGUGUUGCCAACUCGGAAUACACCGACGCUAGCGCUAGCGUCAUCGGCGCCAAGGGUGUUGGUCAAGGUGGUGUCAGCUUGGGCGCCGGUCUUCAAGAUGCCAUCCACGGCAUGCGUCCGGCGUCAUACAGUCACAGCGAUCGGUUGAAGCACUACGUCGAAAGCGGCGGUCGCAUGGGAGCCGGCAACGGCUUCGGCCGACGGUACGACGACGACGAGAAGAGCGUCAGCACCGCGUUCCACAGUCAGAUUGGUGGCGGAUUCGACUGAGGUCACACGGAGAAGGACAGGGAUUUGCUUUUACCAACCCCAUAGGUGGUUCACACCUCAUCCUCCGAAGGCUUUCAGCUCUCGCCGCACCAUGCUCGGUGCCGUACGAAGGAGCAGGCAGUUCAUCGCCGCCCAGAAGCGUCUCGGAAGCCCAAACCAAAACCGGCCAUGGGGAUCCAUGUUUUCCAUGGCCGAAGCUUCGGCUUCUGACGACAACGACGACGUGCCGCAGGCGGGUCAUGGCCCGACCAGCGAGAGCAGCAACCGACGGAGGAGGUCGCUCGCGCGCCCUCAACGGCCCGCAAUUCGCAGAUUGACAAAGUAGAACGAUGUUAGAGCUAGCAAGGAGAGGAGAUCAAGGCGGCAGACGAGGGAUGACUCACUCGGGUUGAGGGUACGGAUCUGGGUCCGGAGAGGCAACUCAGAAUGCGGUUGAGCCAUACAAGACCCAGUGGUCCUUUACGGCACAUGCGGCAUUUGCUGUGAGAAGUGGCCGCCGACACAAACGCCAUGUAUUCCUGUACCCGAGUGCGGGCACUGCGCACCAUAUAGCCUAGAGUUUUAGCCUCUAGAUCAAAUCACCGUCUUUAUUUGCACGUCGUCCGUUGCCCC